AUGGCAUUACUUGAAUCGAUGAAUCUUGCGGACCCCACCAACAUCGCAGGGCACUCGAGUCCUGCAGAGGGCCCAGAUGCCGCAUCACGGCCAGCACUCAGCCGCCAACACGAAGAGCAUGUCACGCCACCAAGGACCAUCCGUGCACCGCCGGAACGUCUUGUUGAAGGCGGUUUAGUUUUGAGAAGAUGGAAGCUCUCUGACGCGGCGGAACUAUACGCCGCAGCGAGCAACUCGACCGUCGAGCUGGCACGGUGGAUGCCCUGGGCUGCCGACGGAUAUGAUCUCACCAAAGCACAACAAUUCCUCGACUUCACAUCCAAAGCAUGGGAUAACGGAGAGACGUACGACUUUGCCGUCAUUGUCGACGGCCGCGUCAGUGGCUCGUUUGGAUUGAUGACACCAGCUACCAAGGCUCCCAAUACUCUCGAAGUUGGCUACUGGCUUGCUAAUGAAGCUACUGGUCGCGGAUUCGCAACACGCGCUGCGUCGCUUCUGACACGUACGGCCUUUGAAAUGGGCGCCGACCAUGUUCAGAUCAGGCAUGAUGAGCUCAAUCACCGAAGCGGUGCAAUCCCCCACCGUCUUGGAUUCAAGUCUCUGGGUCUUAUCAGGCUUCCUGCGGGAAAGGGUGGAGGAAAGGUGGUAUCCUUGUUGUGGCAAAAAGACGUGGACAGUGACACGUCUGCGCCGCCAUGUGGAUGA